CCGUUUCUAGGUUAAGCUCCCCUCGAGGAUUGGCCUCCCUUUAUUUUUGACUCUAGGGUUUCGUCACCGGAAGACCGUACUCACCACCGGCGUUAGGAUUUCAGUUCCCCUUCUUCUAAUCCUUUCUCCUCCUCCGGCGGGCGGGCGGCGGCGACACCGGCAGCGAUGGCUCGGAACGAGGAGAAGGCCCAAUCGAUGCUGAACCGCUUCAUCACGAUGAAGCAAGAGGAGAAGCGGAAGCCCAAGGAGCGCCGCCCCUACCUCGCCUCCGAGUGCCGCGACCUCGCCGAGGCCCACCGAUGGCGCUCCGAAAUCCUCCGCGAGAUCGGCGUCAAGGUUGCGGAGAUCCAGAAUGAGGGCCUCGGGGAGCACCGCCUCCGCGAUCUCAACGACGAGAUCAACAAACUCCUCCGCGAGCGCGUCCACUGGGAGCGCCGCAUCGUGGAGCUCGGCGGCCCCAACUACACCAAGAACUCGGCCAAGAUGACCGACCUUGAGGGCAACAUUGUCGACGUCCCCAACCCCAGCGGCCGCGGCCCCGGCUACCGCUACUUCGGCGCUGCUAAGAAGCUCCCCGGCGUCCGCGAUCUCUUCGAGAAGCCCCCCGAGAUCAAGAAGCUCCGCUCCCGCUACGACAUCUACAAGCGCAUCGACGCCAGCUACUACGGCUACCGCGACGACGAGGACGGCAUCUUGGAGAAAUUGGAGGGCCCCGCGGAGGCCGAGAUGAGGGAGUCGGCGGUGGCCGAGUGGCGGAGGAUGGAGCAGAUCAGGAGGGAGGCGAGGAAGGCGGUGAAGAGCGGCGAGGUGGCGAGCGUGGGGACUGCGGCGUCCGCCACGGAGAUACUCUUCGAAGGAGUGGAGGAUGUCGUGGAGGAGGAGAGGAGGAUGGAGAGGGAGAGGGAAGAGAGGGAGAGGAGCAAGGAGAAGGAGUUUGUGGUCCACGUGCCGCUCCCGGAUGAGAAGGAGAUCGAGAGGAUGGUCGUCGAGAAGAAGAAAAUGGAGCUGCUGAGCAAGUACACGAGCGAUAUGCUGUUGGAGGAGCAGCUCGAGGCCAAGGCCAUGCUCAAUGUCCAGAGGUAAUCUUCUAUCGAAACUGUCGUGCUAACUUGUCAAGCAGAAGCUUCUGCUUCGAGGAGAGGAAGGGAUGUUGGAAGUCUUGCGAAGCGUCUGACUGCUAGGGCGCAAGCAGCAGCCGUAGUAAGAUCCUGGCUUCUUCUGAGGGAUAAUAUAUCAUGAAUUUAGUAACUUGUCAUUAAUCCAUAUGCUUGUGAAGACUCAAGUAUCUUACUAUCUUGGGAUAUUUUGCUCUUUAGUUUUGGAGAAAUUGUUCUGAUUAUGAACAAGUUUGGAGGGGCAUUUAUUCAUAUCAAGUUUGUAGCCUAGAGAAGAUGGAAUCAAACCUAAUAGUAUUAUAUUAGAAAAAUAAGAUUUAGAUUUA